AUGGGUGGUUUACCGUAUGCCUCUUCAUCAACAGACUUUUUUCAUGAAUUUGUUAAUUCAUUUGGUAUGAUAGACUUGGGCUUUAUUGGAAAUCCUUUUACUUGGUCUAAUCAUCGGGAUGGUCACCAGCUUAUUCGCCAACGUCUGGAUCGUGGUAUGGCUUCUUCCCAGUGGGUCCAUCUCUUUCCAUCGUUCUCUAUUUUGCAUCUCCCAGCAUCUGCCUUUGAUUAUAAUCCUCUUUUUUUAAAUACGGUUCAUUAUGACUCUACUUUGGCGAGACCUUUUAAAUUUGAGGAAUUUUGGUCCCACCAUCCUGACUGCUAUUCUACUAUUUCCCUGGCUUGGUCUCCACCUUGUUUUGGCUCCCCGGGCUUUAUUUUAAAUCAAAAAUUACGUUCAACUAAAUUAGCCCUCAAGCUUUGGAAUCGUAUAUCUUUUGGUAAUAUUCAACACCAGAUCCUAUCAUUGACUUCCCAGCUGGAUGCAUUACAACAGUCCACCUCCUUGUCUACAUUGUCUGUUCAGGAACGUGUUAUCAAACGUCGAAGGACUGCUAUAGACUUCCUAAAAUUAUCCAGUGGUGCAUGGAACUCGGAUCGCCAGGCUAUUGGGAAUACACUGUGUGCUCAUUUUGCAGAUCUUUUAACAACUUCUGAGCCACUUAUUCCAGAUGAGAUGCUUAAUCUCUUUGACACUAUUAUUUCCAAUGAAGACAACUUGUCCAUCUGUUCAAUCCCAUCUGAACAAGAAAUUCAUGAUUCUGUGUUUAGUAUUGGAGCUACUAAAGCACCUGGACCGGAUGAGUUUACGGGGGUUUUUUAUCAGAAAUAUUGGAUUAUAAUUAAACCGGUGGUGCAAAGUUGUGUCUGGAAUUUCUUUAAUAAGCAUCAUCUUCUAAAGGAGCACAACCAUACUUUUAUUGCUCUUGUUCCGAAGCAGCUUGGGCCUUCAAUGGAAUCUAUGGGGCUGCUCAAAGGUAUCUGUAUCACCAAAUCUUGGCCGCCAAUAAACCACCUGCUUUUUGUAGAUAAUUUGAUUAUCUUUGCAAAGGCUACCUCUGCUGAGGCAAUUGCCCUUUCUGACUGUCACCAUAAAUAUUGCUGUUGGUCGGGACAAAAAGUUAAUUCAGGGAAGUCUUCCCUCCUCUUUAGCAAGAAUACCUCCCCAGCCAGUAUUUCAAGCAUUUUGGGAAUAAUCCCUUUCCGAUUAUCACCAUCUAGGCCUUUCCAUUUGGGAUUACCAUUGACACUUGGUUCUUCUCGCAAGGAAGCUUUCCAGCCUAUAAUUGAUAAAGUUCUUUCCAAAAUUAACGGUUGGAGGGCAAAGACUCUUUCUCAGGCUGGACGAACAGUUCUCAUCAGAUCUACGGCUGCGGCAAUUCCUGCUUAUGCAAUGAGUACAUUCUUAUUGCCUUUUUCUCUUUGUAGACAAUUGGAUCGUCGUUUCAAAGAUUUCUGGUGGGGGUUUCCACCAGACAAGAAUCGUAUGCGUUGCUGGAACAAACGCCUUCUGUCGGACCUCUUUGAUCCUGUCUCUGCCAUGGCUGUUUGUAGGCUGCCAAUUUCAGAUGCAUCUCAAAAAGGAUAUCUCUGGAUUCCCUCUACUUCUGGGAGGUUCAGCACUUCCUCGGCCUACCUUUCUAUCUUGACUAAUGACUUUACAGGAUCCCAUCUGUCUCCUUUGUCCUCUUUUUGGAGGGAUAUCUGGAAACUUCAGCUCACAGAUCGACUCCGAAUUUUUAUUUGGAAGAUUGCUUGGAAUAUUUUUCCAACUACUCUGCGAUUACAGUCAGUGAUCCCUACAUAUCGCCCUGAUGCUUCCUGUCCACUCUGUCAGGGAGGUCCUGAUUCCAUUAGACAUUGA